AUUUAGUUGGGCCAUGCACACGUUUGGCAUGCAUGUACGCAUGAUGCAUUCAUGAUCCAUAAGCCCUCUCCUCUCCACUCCCUCGAUCGCCCCACCACUUCCUCAAAAACCAACCACCUUCGUCCUCUUUCCCUUCUUCGUCUUGCUCACGCCAAGAAGCGCGGCAAGAAACCGUUGGUCCGUACCAGCACGACAGGCCGGCCGGUGGUGAUUAGUUAGCUAGCUAUCUGCCGGUGGCUCUUUGCCCUUGUGUACGUACAUACAUGGGGCAGGAAGAGGAAGCCCUGACCGUGGCCUUCGAGUGGGAGCGUGUGGAGGGCAUGCCGGAGAGCCCGAGGAAGGCGCCGGUGGUCCUGUCGUGGGAGCUCGAGCCGGCCGUGAAGAAGCCGGUCUCGACGCUUGAAGCACGUGGUGGUGGUGGCAUGCGGGAGGGCCACAGGAAGGUGCCGGCGCUGGCGAGGCGGCUCUCGGUGCCGCCGCCGCCGGGCAGGCCGGCUGCUAGGGGCUACUCGAGGGCCGUCCGGCCGGAGGACGACCCGUUCCUGGCGGCUUACCUGGCGUGCACCAAGAGCGUCGCCGACGACGGGAAGAAGAAGACCGGCGGCGCCGCGCGGGAGCCCAAGGGUCAGAGGCGGUGGGGCGUGCUCGGGCGUGGGCUGGGCGUGCUGUCCUGCAAGCGGUACAACGGCGUGAUGGAGCAGAGCAUGGUGAGGCUGGCCAAGCUGCCCGAGCUGGAUCCCAGGGAUGCUUAAUACAGUACUAGUAAUUAUCUCCCAAUCCAUCAUCUUCAUCUUGUUGGAUUCUUCUUCUUUGUCAUGCAUGGUUUGCACUAGUUUCUUUCUGGUCAAGGUUAAUUAGUAGUAGCGGUGUGAUAAACUUUGGUGAUUAGGAGAAGUAGAAAGUUUGAUUCAUCAGGGAAAAGAAGACACACUUAAUUUGCAUGUGUGGUGAAGACUGAAGAGGAAGGAUGCAUCAUCAUCUCAAUCUUCAUCUUAAUUUCUAUUGCUGUGGGUUCAGAUUUCAGAACAUCAGAUUAUUGUGGGAGCCGCAUAAGCAUUUUGUUC